CAUCAAUGGGACACCUCGAAUCCUAGAUACAACACACCACAGCUCUCUCACAACGUUCGUCCACAUAUCGCUCGCUUUCAAUCGCCCAUGAUUUAUCUCACAUACUUGGGACAGCCCUGAUCUUUGGCGCAGUCGUGCGCGCAAGCGCCUGCGCCAGUCCCGCGGCGCUCCCCUCUAACCCGACCUCGAUGCCCCUCACGAAACGUCCACCUCUGCAAUUGAGGCGCUGGACCUCUGUUCUUCCGGCGUGUCUACUUCUUAUCGCUUGGAUACCCUACCCAUCCGGGACCUAUGUUCACGCCGCCGAACAAUCGUUUACCGCCGCCCAUGUCGACUCCGGUCGGCGCAGCCAGGUGCUGCCACCGACCUUGGAUAUAGGGGUUGCUGGGAUCGCAGUCGAUGAGGAAAAGAAGGGAAGAUAUGUGGGCGAAUUCGCAUAUUUUGAGCCUAGUCUGAUUGGGAGGGCGCCAGAGGGCGUGGAAGAGCUAAAGGAUGGCGAGAAGAAGAAUAUGGAGUCAAACCCAGGGGUAACGAAGCACUUUGUCUUGGGAAGAUCAGAGCUGCGGCGGAGAGCAAGUAUCAUUCGAGAGGAUGACUUUACAGACGAAUCCGCACAUCCAGACAAUACGACUUCCGGGACAGAUGCUGCGAGGGAUAAGAGACAAUCCGGGACUACAGUGUACAUCUCCAUAAAUACUUGCCGACAGCCCAUUCCCGACGUACCCAUCAUGAUAGAUCCGCCGCCGCAGCUCCGAAUGUACAUCUCCACCUCCACAGACAACCAGCAGCCCGGGCCUAACAAGGACUCGAGCCUGGCUACUGAUCCAAUCGAUCUCCAAGGCGGCGCUGCAACCUUCAGUCUCCAGACCGACUCCGAUGUUUACAUUGGCGUCUUUGCCCCAAACCUCACCAAGGGCUGGACGGGUAGCUAUGGCUACGAGGUCGCUGCUAGCACGGAGCGCUUCUACCACAGCUACAACGGCACAGACCCGUUCCUCUAUAUGAUUGACACGGACAGCGAAUCUGCGCUGUUCAUCACGCACAACAUAACCACCAAGGAGGACGACACCGAAGCUAUCGAGAAAUGGCUCCGGGUCUCAGACAUCCCAUUUUCCAUGUAUAUGUUUCCCAAAGCAUCUUGGGGCGCAACAGGAUUCGAGCGCUCCUUCUGCGGCAUCAAGGAGUCUUUUGAAGCGAACAGUAGCAGCACCGUCAAGGUAGACCGAGCCAUGACGGAUCGGUAUGGGGGCGUGUUACCAAAGGCCCAGUUCCAUGUGCAGGGUCUGCAGAAGAAUGAGACGUACGUGGGAUUCCUGGUCAUGGAUGGCAAUGUAUCCACCGACGGUCUUGACCUCUCCAACAACCUAACCGUGGGACGUGGAGGCAAGGUCUGGAAGCAAUUUACUUGGAAGACCAAGGCUGACGACAGCUGCCAAGUCAUCUUCAACCUCCCAUUCUGCUCCACAAUCGCCUACGCCGUUCCCUCGUCCCCCCAGUUCCGAGGCAACUCCACCGCCCUUGCCCUCCUCUACGACUCGCAAGCCCAAUCCUACUACCAAAACUUCACCCGCAGCCUCGCCCAAAUCCCGUGCGACACCACCGCCACCGCUCAGUACAGCCUCGCCCGCACCUGCACCGACUGCGCAGGAGACUACAAGGAGUGGAUGUGCUCCGUGCUCAUGCCGCGAUGCGAAGACUGGACGGCCACGGACCCCUGGCUCAUGCCCCGCAACGUGAACGCGCGGUUCCCCAACGGCGAUCCCGCGCCCGGUCCCAGCUUGUUCCCGAAUGCAUCCGAUGUGAGGAAGGGGGAUGAGUGGGAAGAGGAUGACAAGGAGGACGGUGAGAGGGAGUAUCCGAAAGAUGCGCGGCGCGCUGCGUACGCCAAGUCGCGCAAUCCGUUGAUCGACGAGGCCAUCAAACCGGGGCCGUACAAGGAGCUGCUGCCGUGCGAGGAUCUGUGCUACGAUAUCGUGAGGAGCUGUCCUGCGCAAUUGGGGUUUGCGUGUCCGGUCGGCCCGGCGCAGAAGGUGCAGUAUGGGAGUAGGGAUAGGGAUGGCGGGAGGCAGUUACGGUGCAAUUUCCCCGGGGCUGUGGUGGAUUUGAAUACGGUUAGGGGAGAGGGGAGUAGGCGAUGGGGAGGAAGGGAUGUAUGGGUAUUGGUUGGCUGGGUGGUGGGUAUUGCUGUGGUGGGGAGUUGGUGAUGGGAGCGUUUUCCUGUGCUUUCGACUGGGGAGCGCAUGGCGUGUGGCGUUUUUGGCAAAUAUCGUCCUUCUUUUUCUGUGAAUAUAGUGGCGGUGGUUAAUUCAUAACGCGACGACAUCCACCGAGGUAUGGAGUAAAGAAAGUCAUAAUUCAUGAUAUAAACAUAUACCACCUCUAUCUAAAUACC